GUUAAAUGUCAUUGGAAUUUGCUUCUACAAAGAGCGUAAUUAGCACCCUGCAUGGAAUCCAUAGGGGUUUGGGGGUGGUUCUACUAUACAUAGUCACCUAAACUUUUGAUUUGUCACUGAUUACCUAUUUUAACGAGAGGUGUGGGAAUAAAUACGUAUUUAUUUAUCUGCAUAAGGAAAGGAAUAGGAUUACAUUGGGCGAGUCGGACUUCGUACGGAAACGUUAUUUCUAUUUAUUUCCGGUGACGUUUCACACACAAUCACCAAAGAUGAAGAGUUUACAUUACCAAUGACAUCGGUAUUGACAUCUUUGACAGUACAGGUUUUGUUUUGUUUACAAAUAUGGCUACAUCUUUGACGCACCUUUUCUCUAAAGAUAGAACGUUCAGGGCGAAGAAAAGAUGGGACGAAGGAACGUUACGCCAUAAUCUACACAAACAUGCUAAAGCAACAUUGCAAUCGGGACUGGACUUAAAACAGUGUGUUAAAUUACCUCCAAAUGAGACUUUAGAAGACUGGAUAGCUGUUCAUGUGGUUGAUUUUUUCAAUCGUGUCAACUUGAUCUAUGGUACUAUUUCUGAGUUUUGCACACCUGAAACUUGCCCCAUUAUGUCAGGUGGACCCAAUAUAUGGAACUACUAAUGGAUUGGAUAGAGGGUUUAGUCAACAAUCCUAACAUUUUUCCUCCCGACGAUAGCAUACCAUUUCCC